GAAUAUUUACCAUUGGUAUUUUAUUCGGGCGAGCCCCAUGUUACUCACUUGAUGGGUCUCCAAUCUUUUUGCUUUACAUUUCUUGGUGUUUGAUCAGGUAGACAACGUCCUACUCCAUCUGAAAGCUUCGCUAUGGAGAAAUAAUCAUCUGGAGCAGCCACUCUUUUUCAUCGACCGAGAUGAAGCUGUCAAUUCGAUACUGUAUAAUCAAUUUGUUCUUUUCUUGAUUCGUCUCAACACUCAACGCAAACGUUUCCAACUCUCAACAAAGGAGUGAACGCAAGAUCCAAGCCUGGCGAAAUAUCUGAUGCACAGAGAUCUGGAUUGUUCCCCCAAGACCUUGGAACCAUGGUUGUUCUGUCAGCAAGCAAUUAGCACCAUCCAACCAUGGAACUAGUGAUCGCCGGUGAUGAACUCCUACCUACCAAGACAAGGAGUAAACGAGAACUGCAUCAGUAUGCUUAAUUUUGUCGUACCAAGUUUUACACACGUCACGGGGAUUAUCGAAAAAUUAGAGGUGGUGAAUCAAGUGAUUGUGCGGAGAUUUCCCCCGUGGAUAACUCCGGCCCCUGUAUGUUCUGGUGAAUGUGAGAUUUUCUUCAAGGCGAAGGGUUGAAGGUUUUGGCUGCGGACGGCUAGCGAGAGGCUCGGCUGCAUUUUGCAGAGUCCUUGGGACUUCCCUUACAACAUUCCGAAAAUAUUUAUCUAGGAGUUGUCCUGGCUUCGGUAACUGGUCAUUUUGAGAACUGGAGGUACUUGUGCAACCUUUGAUUUUGAGCACUUAAACUGGACGGAAAGCCUGUGCAAAAUAGAAACCAGUUGGAACCAGGAGGCAGGUAUGAUACGAGGAACCUAGAAGUUGGAAGAUCUUCUAGCUGUCGUGAACUACCUCAGGAUUUGCACACAUCGCAGGUGCUGUUGAUGGCAGUGACAGAUCUGUGGGCUCCUCUAGUUCGCCUAGAUAUAUGGGCAGAUGCGAUCGUUGACGAAGAAGGGGCAAAGCAUGUUAAGUCCUUACAUUGUUUCCGGAUGGAGUCGAGGAUGACGAUGCCAGUACCUAACAUACCCUUCUGGAGGAACUUUCAACUGUGCUGCAUUGUGCACGGGUUAGUAAAGGAAAAGUUCAUUAUGACAGAGCAGAGGGAUUCUAAUCACUUGCGGACGAUUGGAGAUUGAGAAUCAAAGAUGACCAACUACGGUAUACGUUGAAGGAUUUUGUCCCCUGCUUUUACAAGACCAUCACGAACAUCGGUUAAACGUUUGAUCCAUGUGCAUUCUGCCUCUAGAGAUAAUUAAUCCUUGCAACGUAAUGAAUUUUGUGCAGGAAAUAUCACCGUCAUGCUUGCUCCAUACUACACCCAAUGUAACUAGUUUCUACACUCUUUUGC